CGUAAUACUAUUGUGCCAACUUUGAAACCACCCAGAUAUUGCUGCGUAUAAUCGCAGUGACAUUCUACAAGUACAUCUUUAGCAUCAGGAUAUGCAGCUGAGAACCAGAGCAACAAAGAAACAUAAACUAAAUGUUGCAAAGAAGUUGUCGAAGAAGGGAAAAGAGAUAACUGAAAAUGUUCACGUAUUGCCAAAGGUGUCAUCAGCAUGUGAGAAGAAGGCUAAUCUAGUGAGACGCAUUGCUUGCCCAUUGUCAUCAUCAAAAAGAAUGAGUGACAUUACUAAUACGCCAGUGCAAGCAUCAGCAAGGGAAGAAAAGGCUACAAGAAGAGCAACUUGUAUGUCGUUGUUGUCAAUGGAUCUAACAAUGCUAGCAGAUCAACAGCCUGUAACACCAAGUAUACUGCAUAAGAUUCGAGCUUGUCACUCAUCUACUCCUUCAUCUAGUGCCAGAAGUAUUGUUCUUUGCCAAAAGUUUAAGGAUGGAACGAGUGCUGUCCAAUCACAUCUGAGUUUGUUUAGUCUCAAAAAGUCAAAGUCAGGUGAUGUGACUGGAUCAGAGAUAGCUUAUAAGGGCAUGAGUCUGAAAGGCAAACAAAUUUGUCCUAAAUCCACAAGUUCACCAGUAUGUGGACAAGGAGGGCUAGUUGUGGAUGGAAUGGAAGAGAUUACAAUAUCUCCUAUUUUGAGUGAUCCCAAAGCGGAGAAGGAAACUAUCCAAAUCUCAAUUUCUCCUUUAUUGAAACAGCAGCUGGAAGAAAUGCCUGAUGACAUCCUUGAGGCUGCUCCCAAUGAAUGGUUUCCUGAAAGAAAACAAUCUACCAACCACUUGCCUAGGCAUAAGAUUCAGCUUCCUAGCCUCGACACACUCCCUCAAGACAUUCUUGAGUGUACAGAUGAUUAAUUGUAGAUGUUCACAGUGUGCAUGUGUUUGCCACUAUAUUUUUCAUGAUAUUUGUGUAAUGUCUGUUACUGUGCUGAUCUAAUUGCUAUGUUAGAUUGAUAAUCAAAUUAUUUAAUGCUAUAAUUAAGUAUGAGACCAGUAGCUUAGUAGUGUUGAAAAUAAAUGAUAUUACUUG